UACUUUAUUAAAUUUGAAAUUGCUAAAGUUGAAAUUUCUCCUCCAAGAAAAUGCUGAGAAAGUGUUUAACGACUUUCGUGCAAAAUAAGAUCACUAAUAAUACAGCGUGCCUAACGCCAAUCGUCUGUCAGGCGCUAAAUAAACGCGCUCAGCAUAGUAAAAGUCGACCACCGAAAAUUUUGAUAACCGGUGGUCUCGGCCAACUAGGCAUCGAAUGCGCCAAACGCUUACGCUCCCAGUAUGGCGAUGAGAGUGUCAUACUUUCAGACAUUGUUAAACCCAGCAAGCAAGUAGUGGAGAGUGGACCCUACAUAUUUGCUGAUAUUUUAGAUUUCAAAGGAUUACAAAAGAUCGUAGUUGAUCAUCGCGUCGAUUGGCUGAUACAUUUCUCAGCGUUAUUGAGCGCGAUAGGCGAGCAAAAUGUGCCGUUGGCGGUGCGCGUCAACAUCGAAGGUGUACAUAAUGUCAUCGAACUUGCCAAACAGUACAAUUUACGCAUUUUUGUACCGAGCACCAUUGGCGCAUUUGGGCCAGACAGUCCACGGAAUCCUACACCAAAUGUGACGAUUCAACGUCCACGUACUAUGUAUGGUGUUUCGAAGGUGCAUGCCGAGCUAAUGGGCGAGUAUUAUUUCCACAAGUUUGGUUUGGACUUUAGGUGCUUGCGUUUCCCGGGUGUAAUUUCUAGCGAUCCACCUGGCGGUGGCACCACUGAUUACGCUGUCGCCAUAUUUCACGAAGCAUUACGCUCAAGCAAAUACACUUGCUAUUUACGCCCUGAUACGCGUUUACCGAUGAUGUACAUUGAGGAUUGUCUCCGCGCUCUGCAUACAAUUAUGUGUGCCCCUUCGGGGAGUUUGAAGCGACGCGUCUACAAUGUUACAGCAAUGUCCUUCACACCUGAAGAGCUAGUUGCUAAACUGAGGCGUCAUGUUCCAAAUUUACAAGUCACCUAUAAGCCAGAUGGUCGGCAAGCGAUUGCGGAUUCGUGGCCGCAAGUUUUCGAUGAUUCUGAAGCACGUCGCGAUUGGGGUUGGCAGCAUAACUACGAUUUGGAUAAUUUAGUAGAUUUUAUGGUUAAGGAUGUGCAAGAGAAUUAUAUUAAUGUGGAAAAUGCAAAAGUGCGUGCUUCUUUGGGUUGAAAGCUGAUUGAUAUUUAAAACGAGAUGAAUUAUUAAUGUUCAUAAAGUAUUUUUUAAUUGAGGAAAUCUCAAAACUUUCUUGAAAAGGUGCAUUUAUAAAUUUCUUGAAAUGGUGCAUUUAUAGAUUUAUAAGUGAGUAAAAUAAAAUAACGAGGCUUUGAAUUUUAUACUUGCGUUAUUAAUGACUAUUAAAAUAUCGUAGAUGAAGGAUUUUCAUAGAGAUUGUGCCGGAAACUUUUACAAAUUUAUUUGUCUUUAUUUGCUUUUUACUCUUAGAAAUCAUUUUCUGGCAUUUUUUCUAGAUUGCAUUCAGCCACUAAAACAAUUGCUAUGAACACAAAGUGCAGGCACAUAUUAAAGUAAGAUUUGCGUUAUAUUCGAAAGAAAACAUGCACAGCUGUUACGUUAUGUAGAAAACAAUUAAUUUUAGCACAAAACUCUGAAACAAUUUGACUUUUUCUACAAUAUGUAUAACUAAAAGCAACUAAAAUUUUCACACACGGAAGGGGAAACUAAUGACAAACGACCGGAACGGCGGAAAAAGUUUGACAACGGCCAGAGUUGCCUUCGUGCGGCAAAGUUAAUUGCUAAUUAAUAAACAAAAAUAUCAAAAUAACUCGCAAAAAUGUAUUUGAUUUAAUGCAAAUUAUGUAUCAUUUUGUUUGAUGAAAAUCCGUAGAUCGCACUAUCUAUUAUCGAACAUUAUAAAAUGAAAUCGGGUAAAAUAUCCUUCUACUUAAUAUGAGCUCAAGCUUCACCAACAGAUGUCGCCAUUACUCAGUUUACCCGCAUUGUACAUAAAUGCACAAAAUGCAGCUCUGUGCAUUGUCAAAGUUCCGCCGCCAUUUAACCGCUUUGCUCAAGUUUCCGCGCCGCUCGUG